AUGAAGCGCACUCUCCUACUCGGUGCCUUGUGGUCUGCACAGGUUGCCGCACAACGAUAUACUUAUACCACACGGACUAUGACAGAAUGUUUCAGCACAACACAAGAAAGCUUCGGUCCUGCUGAGCCAACUCAGGGGCAGGACAAGUACUGGACUGUUGAUAUGCCUGAAUGCCAGGACUGUCGAUGUACAGACUGUGCCUAUACAAAUACAUACACCACAUCACUCGAUGUCUUCUCUCCGACGGGCCUUGCCAAGUUCCCUUACCAAGUCAAGGAGGUCUACCGGGGCAUGUCGGCUAUGCCAGCUGAUGCAACACCAACUGAUGUCCCUUAUGGCUUCACAACUGGUGUAGAGACCUGCAACAACUGUGGCGACGAGCCAGUGACAGCCACCAUGACUUAUCCCCGUGGUGCUUCGCCUUAUCAAGAGGUCGUUCCCACAACAGCACCAGAGGUUGAGUCUGCUUUCCAGCGUCCUUCAACACUACGCACUCAGGUCGCAGACACAGAAGCCACUGGCUCUCCUUCAAAUGACAGCAAGGCCACCCCUCUUGAGAACACCGUCCUCGAGCACAAGGUCUACCAUUACAAGGUCAACGCACCAGGUACCUCUAAGUUUGUCAAGUUUGCCUUCAAGCGAGAUUCUGACAUUGGGGACGACCAAGUCGAUGUAAAGACUCCCGGUAUCCCAUCCCGGGCUAUUAGGAGCUACGCCAAGAUGCGAUUCGAAGCAGCAAGGGCAGCACCAUCCGGGGAUCCAGGCAGUGCAGCAGCUGGUAUAAGACCACCAGCUGGUGUGGCAAUAGCUCUGAUGGUGCCUAUAGCACUGCUGUUAUAA